UCAGCACUUUUUGUCAAAAUGAAGAUCUCCGCAAGAUGACCUCCUUAGGGCCCUUUUGCAGUGAGGUGGAUGGCCGGUUCAGCUGCAAGUCCAAAGAAUGGCUUUGUGGCUGCAGGUCCGGCUCCUGUGAGGGUCCGACUCGCUCCCUGCAGCGGGACGAAUUGGAGUCCCUGAACUUCACGGGCGCCACCGUGCGCAUGGCCACCUUCAAAAAGGUCAUGAAGGUUCCCGUUUGCCUUUGCCCCGCUUCUUCGGGUGGCUGGUUGGACAAUUCUUGGGUCCUUUGGCUGCUUGGGGGCACUGUGGAAUGGAAACAACUGGAGGGCGAAUGCACCCCAUGCACUGAAGCCCCGACGCACGCCUGGAGUGAAAUUGCGUUGCCACAAAGCCAAUGUUAUUUGAUGUUGGGCGGUGGGACCUCCACCUUCCGCGAUCGCGGCACCAGUGCCUUUCGCCUUUUGCUUCACGACACCACCUUCCGGUUUUGGCCCCGAGAGGAAGACCGCUUGGUCUAUGGCGGCCUGUUGCUGCAUCCACCUCGUCCACUCCACAGUGGACACGUGCGGCUGCUGCAGCAGUUGAUCGCGCACGGGGCGCGACGGCUGGCACCGGAGGUGGAGUCCUUUGAACGGAGCUUGGAUCAGGAUGCAGAUCUCAACCCGAUCUUCUUGGAGCUGAUCCCUGGAGAGUUCAUUUUCGAAGACCAGGCGCUGCUCAGCAUGGUGGCAGCCUAUUUCGGGCUCUUCCGCCUGUACUGGAGCCUCUCCUGGUCGCCUUUGAAAGUGAACUGCGUGGUCACAGCACUUUUGUUCGGUCGUGCGCCGGACCAGUUGCUCUCCCUGGUGCCGCUGGAAACACAUCAGGCCAUAAGGGAGGCUGCAAAGGAGACCAACGAGAAGUGGCAGAAGCGCUUCCGCCCAUUGAUUGACUCCGGCCGAGAGAUCUUUUCGGAGACCUCACCGACUACCUGGCACUCGUGGUGGUGGACGUCGAACAGCGAAGUCCAGCACGACGUGACUCAGCCGUUGCAGCGCUUCCGUUGGCCUUUUGUGCGAGGGGCACUGGCGCCGCUGCGCGCAGCGUUGGCGGCGGAGGACUUGGCUGACCAGUGGGACCAGUACCUCCCGUGGACUCGACAGAUCCUCCGCUGUCAGGAUCCCUUCACGGAGGCGCUGCUCCAACACGCGACGUCGCGUGCCUCCUUGGACUUCUACCUCAUAGGUGAUCUACAGCAGUGUGUCUCUGAGUUCUUGCUCACCGCACAAAGUAGCGAUGUGUGUCGCGGCCAUGAGCUGGAGCAACAGCUCUACUGCCCAAAGUCACACAAAAGCACCGCGCACCUCGUGGAUGAACUAGUCACGAGUACCGAGCGCUUGGUACGGCGGCUGCUCUACUGGAAGGCGGUGUCUCAAAUUCGACCACCCUGGGUGGAGCUCGUCUCUUCCACGGAGGCGUCUACGGUCCAGCGAACGGGCCGAGUGCUGACCGUGCCGACCGUGCUCGUGGGGGCCGUGCUGAUGGGGAUCCUGGCCAUGCGCUGCGUGGGAAAGACGAGCUGCGUCGCCCUGCCGAGUCGCCGCGUUCGCUUCGUUGUCGUCCAUCCAGCUCCGCCAGCCAGUCCGCCGCCCCUCGCCACCUCGAGAGCGGCUGCGGACCGCCCGGGUGGCGCCCCGCACCACGCGGACCACACGGACAAGCACACGGACGAGCACACGGACGAGCACACGGACGAGCGCGCGGACGAGCACGCGGAAGACGCGGGCAGCCGGGGUCUGAGAGGCCAGGGCUAUGAAUCUUGA